AUGGCGCCGCCCUCGAGAAAUCCCACCACAUGGGACGAGUACGACGGCCUGGCAUCGCCUUCGGGCAGCGUUUCGUCAAACCCUUUCGCAGAGGAACGACCGUUGCUCGACGAUGACGACGCUGACGAUGGUGGCGCGCAUCCCGCUGCUCGACACAUUGAGCGCAGACGGUCUUCCGUCACAGACCGUCUUGCCGCCAUGGCAGAUGUUGGCGGCGUCAACAGCUUCAGGUCCUUUGCCCGCAGUUGGCAGCGCGCCGCCGCGUUCCCAGAGGUUCUUCCUCGGCGCCCGAGCUUUGUCUUUGCGGCCGAUCAGCAGAUGGACGGCGAGGAGAUCGAGUACACGACAAGUCACGAUGACCGCGACGACGGUGGGUUUGGGCGGCGCUCGGAGGCGUCGCCGCGGGUGGGGAGUCCCUUUGCUGGUGCUGGCUCGAGCAACAAUAUCGUAGAUUCUCAGGGGAGAGAGCGCGAGGGCAAGCAGAAUGUCGACGUGGAAAUGGCGAGCGGUGCGCUGCCGGCGACGUUUUCUAGCCAUUCGAGCAUAUUUGGAUCUUAUGGUACAAUUGGUGGCCCGUCGCUUAUUCGACAUCGACCGUCUGUUAUUCGAAUAGCGCCAGGCCAGACGGAGGAGGAAGCGGCCCAAGAAGAGGAUGCUGCCUAUGGCGAGGAGCAGCCUAUCUUGGUCAAGGAGGUUAAGCAAGGAAACAAGGUUGUUCUGACUAUCGACGGCCAGAGCACCUUGCCCCAAUCCAUCUUCAAUUCCAUAAACGCCAUCAUUGGCGUUGGACUGCUGAGUUUACCACUGGCCUUUAAGAUGAGCGGCUGGGUCCUCGGCCUUAUCAUUCUCACGGUGACUGCGGCUGUCACAGGGCACACGGCCAAUCUGCUGGCCAAGUGCAUGGAUUACGAUGCCAGCCUCAUUACCUACUCUGACCUGGCAUACGUUUCGUUUGGUACCAGAGCUCGUAUCAUUGUAUCAGCCUUGUUUACCAUUGAGCUCAUUGCGGCUUGUGUUGCUCUCAUCAUCUUGUUCUCCGACUCGCUUGCUCUGCUGCUUCCCGGCCUGGCAAGUGUAGAAGUGUGGAAGUGCAUCUGCGCCGCCAUCACCCUCAUUCUCAACGCUCUGCCUCUGCGCUGGUUGAGCUAUACUAGCAUCAUUGGCAUCUUUUCUACCUUUUGCAUCGUGUGCGUUGUCAUUGCUGAUGGCCUCAUCAAGCCGGAUGCCCCUGGCUCCUUGUGGGAACCUGCUGCUACUCACCUUUUCCCUACGAACUGGUUGGCACUGCCUCUGGCAUAUGGCCUCAUGCUCAGCCCAUGGGGGGCUCACUCUGUAUUUCCCUCGAUUUAUCGAGACAUGCGCCACCCUCACAAAUGGGGCAAAGGCGUUGCCGUCACUUUUUCGUUUUCCUACGUUCUAGACACCUGCCUCGCCAUCGUCGGCAUGCUCAUGUUCGGCGACGGCAUCGGCGAGGCCAUCACCAACAACAUCAUCAGGAGCUCCAGUUUCCCAAAAGGCCUCACCAUCUUCAUGUGCAUCUGCGUCACCAUCAUCCCCCUGACCAAACUCCCUCUCAACGCUCGCCCCCUCAUCACCACCGCCGACGUCCUCUGCGGGCUUCACCACCACCAUCACCAUCAUCAUCAUUCCUCCAGUGGUACCGACGACUGGAAACCCGCCUUUAUAAGAUCCUGUCAAAGGACCCUGGUGCGUGUUGUAGUCGUCCUCAUCUUGCUCGGCAUAUCCAUCCUCUUUCCGGCGUUUGAUUCCGUCUGCGCAUUCCUUGGUGCGGCGCUGUGCUCGCUCAUCUCCAUUAUCCUGCCCAUCUCGUUUUACCUCAAGCUCUAUGCAAAGGACGUUGAGGCGAGGGAACGUCUUGUGCUGUAUUGCUUGCUGGUGGUCUUUGGUGUGUUUGGCCUUAUUGGCACCGUGUUUACGUUUUUGCCAAAGGAGCUCAUUGGCGCUUAA